AUGAUGAAUGAUAUUAGAAAUCAAUUGGGAAAGUUGACAACUACCGUGGGUAUGCUUCAGCAAGAGAAGGGGAAGUUUCCAACGCAACCUCAACCCAACCCGCAAACGACGUCUACUCCGCCAAAUUCUCAAGGUCUCCACUUUGCUAGCUCUUCGGUGACUUUCCCUGAGCAAGUAAAGGCUAUUAUUUCACUUCGAAGGGGAAAGACAGUUGACAAUCAAGUGGUGAUGCCUCCAGAACCAUCUUAUUUGCCUCCUCCUAUUGAUCGUUCAAUUCCAACAUCAACCCUUGGGGAAUCUCCCAAGGAGGCAAGCAAAGAGGUUUCAAAGGAAAAUGGUAAUGGUAAGGGUAAGGUGAAGGAACAAAGUGUACCGGACCCUCAAGUUAUUCCAACACCGGCUCCGUUCCCUAAUCCUUACAUUCCGGGUCUUAAGGACCCCGUACAUCUCUUAUGGACUUCCAAUAUGAGCUCAAGUAGUUCUUCUUCAAUUAACAUACCGAAUAAGCACAGAGGUAUCGAUAACUAUACUGAGGGUAUCGAUAACAAUGGGUUUUCUGGGCUUGGUAAUGCAAGGGUAUCGAUAACAGAUGCAAAGGUUAUCAAUAACAAGGCUGUUCGAGCAGAAUUCUCAGCAGACUUUCAUGGGCUUGGGUUGGGGGAGAUGAAGCCUACUCGUGUCACACUCCAGUUGGCAGAUCGAAGUGUUCGUGUUCCAAGGGAAGUAGUGGAAGAUGUUCUAGUCCAAGUUGAUCAGUUUGUUUAUCUGGUGGAUUUUGUCAUUCUUGACACCAAUCCGACCGACUCUUCUGCUGCUUCUACUCCAGUAAUUCUUGGAAGACCUUUUCUAGCCACGGCGGAUGCAAUCAUCAACUGUCGAAACAGACUUCUUAAUAUGACUUUCGGUAACAUGAAGAUGGAGGUCAAUGUUUUUAAUGUGGGCAGUCAAAUGGGGGAUGACGAGAAUAUACAUGAAGUGAGCCUUAUUGAUACUCUUGUGGAAGAACAUGUGGACGAGUUGCUCUAUAGUGAUCCUUUGGAAGUUGCCCUUACAGCCGAAGAGGCUGAAUUUCUCGAAUCUUCUGACGUUAGUUAUUUGUAUUCCUUGCUCAAAGACGGGGAUGAAGCUUAUGCUCUGAACGCUUGGACCCCAAAAUUUGAAGAGUUUGAAGAACUACCUUCGAUAGAGAAGAAGGUUCUUCCCUCUCCUGUAGAUCCUCCUCUAUAUGAUGAUCCAGGGGGGAAGCGCCUCACCGCUAAAGUUAUCCUUUCCGAUCUCUUGUAUCUUGAUUCUUCCCCAGAGGAAUUACUCCUUGCUCACGAGAUGAACAUGCUUGAAACAUCAGGCGUCUACUAUGAAGAUCCAUUGGCAAAAUCUCUCACCACUAAGGAAAUGGAUGCCGAAGUGGAUUACUUGUAUUCGUUGUUGACUAAACAAGAUGCUUAUGGACCAAUCUUUGAAGAGUUGGCAACCAUGGAAGCUGCAAUUGUCCCUUCAAAUCCUCUGUGCCUUAAUCUUCUCACCGCUAAAGAGAUGGAUGCUGAGUUCUCGUGUGGCUGA